AUAUGAGCAGGCAUUUAGUAUUCUUUUAUGGGACACUUAAAAAAGGUCAACCUAAUCACCACUUCAUGGCCGAUGAUAUGAAAAACGGUCGGUGCGAAUACGUGUGCAGUGGACAGACUGUUGACAAGUGGCCGAUGGUGAUAGCCACCAGAUAUAACAUACCAUGCUUACUUUUUAAAAAGGGUCAAGGAAAACAAAUUUAUGGUGAAAUCUAUUCAAUGGACACCACAUUACUAAACUGGUUAGAUUUUAAGGAGUCCCAGGUGCUAAUUUAUAAGCGAGUUGAAAUACCGGUGCAAUUACCUGAUGAAUCUAUCAAAAUUAUUUGGGUUUAUUUUAUAAUGAAUUUCAAGCCACAACUACUAGACCUUGAUAACUUUAGUGAGUAUGACAGCUAUGGUAAGCAUGGUUUGGCAUUUGUUGGGGACUAUGACCCAGAAAGAGAUAAUUAUGAUCCCAUGUCCGAUAUUUUG